CAGUGAUGUGAUGCUGUAGUGAAGUGAACUGAUCUGGAGUCUGAACGCUGAAUCUGUCAGAGAUGUGAUGUGCUGCUGUAGUGAAGUGAACUGAUCUGGAGUCUGUACGCUGAAUCUGUCAGUGAUGUGAUGAGAUGCUGUAGUGAAGUGAACUGAUCUGGAGUCUGUAUGCGCUGCUGUUCAUGAUGGUGCCGCUGGGGAGGAAUGAAGAGAGGACCCGAUACACAACAUUACAGAGGUCUCUAGCGUCUUUAUAGCACUGUCGUUUUGUCUUCGGGAUAUUAAUUAUGUUGACCGGACAGAAGCAGAUAAACUAAUGACUGGAGCUUCAAUACACAGCCGCAACAGAAGCAAGCACGAGGACACACGCCCAGGACUGAGCUCCUCCAUCAGGAUCAUGGGAGAGAAUGGCCCUCUCACGGUGACAGCCAUGCUCUUUGAGGACGAGGAAGAGGAUGUGGACAAACUGGGACAUGAGGAGGAAGAUGAGGACAAGAUGGCCGACUAUGACAAAGAUGACGACAUAAUCUCGGGACCCUCGUCCUCCUCGGGGAGGGUCUACGAUCGCACCACCGUGCUCAUCGAGCAGGACCCCAUCCGCCUGGACGAGGAGGGCGAGGAGGACGGCAUGUCCUUCCUGCAGGAGGGAGAGUGUGAGGGGGACGAGGGCUCUCUGGCCUUCAUGGGGGACCCGGAUGGCAUGUCGCAGGGAUACAUACACCACACCAUCUCUGCGGACCAGAUACAGUUCAUAAUCAACCCGGGGUCCACCCCUAUGCCGCGAAACAUUGAGGGCGCUACGCUGACGCUACACUCCGAGUGCCCCGAGACCAAGCAGAGAGAGGUGAAGCGAUACCAGUGCAUGUUCGAGGGCUGUACGCGCACCUACAGCACGGCGGGAAACCUGCGCACGCAUCAGAAAACACACCGCGGUGAAUACACGUUUGUGUGCAACCAGCAGGGCUGCGGCAAAGCCUUCCUCACAUCCUACAGCUUGAAGAUCCACGUCCGCGUCCACACGAAAGAGAAGCCCUUUGAGUGUGACGUGCAGGGCUGUGAGAAAGCCUUCAACACACUCUACAGACUGAAAGCACACCAGAGGCUGCACACUGGCAAGACAUUUAACUGUGAAUCAGAGGGAUGCACCAAGUACUUCACCACACUCAGUGACCUGAGGAAGCACAUCCGCACACACACGGGCGAAAAACCAUUCCGGUGUGAUCAUGACGGCUGUGGUAAGGCUUUCGCUGCUAGUCAUCACCUGAAAACACACGUACGGACACACACUGGAGAGAAGCCGUUUUUCUGUCCGAGCGAUGGCUGUGAGAAGACCUUCAGCUCUCAGUACAGCCUGAAGAGUCACAUUCGGGGUCAUGAUAAAGGUCCAGCGUUCACCAUGAGCAGUCACCCGCUGUCAGAGGAUGCGAAUCACUCGCUGUGCCUCAGUGAUUUGAGCCUCAUUUCCACAGACUCUGAGCUCCAGGAGAACCACAAUUCUCAGGGUUUGGAUCUGAACAGUGUCACCCCUAUACGAAUCUUUGAGCUGAUGUUCCAGAGUCCUGAGAACAGUGUCAGCCCGGACGACCCUAAACCCACAGAGAACCCAGCGGAGUCUUUUGGCCUUGAGCCGUCACCUCAGACAGCUGCUGCAGACGUGUCCACUCAGCCCCCUUCAUCCACCUCUUCCCCAUCCUGCUCCAUCACGAACCCUGAUGUGGAGGCUCAGACUCCGCCUACGACACGCCCCUCUCAGCCGGCCCCGCCCCCUCCCGCUGUCAGCAGCUCAUUACUGACCUCCAGUUUCCCCUGUGCUCCGCCCACCUCAUCACACUCACCCGAAGUGCCCGCUCCAUCUGCACCCUCAGUCACCCAGCACUACGUGACACUGACCUCUACAGCUCCACCGUCCUCCAGCACGCCGGCCGUGACCACUGAGGUGACGGCAGCAGUAACACACACGGUGCCUGUGGCUCCUCCUCCUCCUACGAUCACCAUCGCCCCCACACUCGGCCUGCAGCCCAGCAUCGUCAUGUCUGAUCAGAACCUGCAGUGGAUCCUCAGCAGUGCCGCCAGCGCACAGCAAAACCCUGAACAACAGGGCCCAAAAGUAGAGAAGGUCUUUUUUACAACAGCCAUUCCAGUCAGUGGACAUUCAGGGAACGCAGUGCAGCAGAUCGGUCUGAGUCUGCCGGUCAUCAUCAUAAAGCAGGAGGAGUCCUGUCAGUGUCAGUGUGCCUGCAGAGACUCGGCUAAAGACAAGAGCGCUGCUUCCUCGCUGGAGAAGCCGAAGAACACAUCACCUCCUCCUCCUCCUCCUCCUCCUGCUGCUGCGCCUCCUCCAGCUCCUCCUGCGCUCCCCGAAGAGCCUCCCUCCUGCUGCCCAUCCAAACAGAGCCCCGCUCAGACCCAGCAGGACAGCCUGGCCGCCCCGGUGACCCCCAACACCCCCAGCGAUGGCCUGGCCGGCAUAGAUGUCUCCGAUCUGCUCAGUCCAGACACCACAGCAAACAUAGAGGCUCUGCUGAUGGUGGCGGAUGAGUUCAGCAUGAGCGAUGGAGGCGGCAGCAGCGCCCCCUAGAGGCUCAGGCCUCACUCUACAUCUGUACCGUGUACAGAUGGGUAUCUCACACACACCUGUACCUCUCUCCCCAGACCUGUGUGAUCAGGACCCCAGUGAGUGGGUUUUGGUGCACUUUUAAGGGAGAGUAGCAGGUGGAGCAGUUUAGGGCACCAGGAGAAGUAGCUUAGUCGCUUCUCAAAAUGAUUUGAGUCUCUGUAGUGUGUUAACCCCGCUGUCUUGGUAGAUUAUUUCAGAGCUUGUUUAAAGAUCUAAAUCUGCUUCUAGAGAUUCUCCGUAUUAAACCAGAUGAGUUUGGGCCCGGCCACAUGCUGUGCUUGAGUUUAGACUUGAAACCCCCUGGAUUGAUUCACUGGUGUGUCUGAGACUUCAACACAAAGCCCUGCGUCACAGAUUGUGGCUAAUGAAGUCAUCUACGGAAACGUUGAAGUAUUUUAUGUCUAAUUUAUUAGAAAGGCUGCAGUUCUCGAAAUGAUAAUAAUAAUGUGAUCUGUUGAGAUUUUAUUUUACAGUUUGUCACUCUUGAUAAACUGCGGUCAACAUUUACCUGCCUAAACGUAAACGUAAUUUAGGAUUGUUUGGCUGCCUAUAACUUAGUAUUUAAUUUAUGUAUGUUAAUUUAUGAAAAUACUCAAUUGUUGGAUAAAUGUAACUCUUUUUCCAAACUUUUCACUAUAUAUUUCUAGAUUUUCCCCAAACUAAGUGAAUCUCACGAAACCCAUCUGGGUCAUAUUUCCCACAAUCCAAAAAAUAUAUAAAAUGGUCAUUUUUGCCUAAAGAAAAUUAACCCUAUUUCAUUAUAGUAAUGUAAAAAUAAUAUAAACAAUAAAUAAAUAUGAAUAUAUUAUUUAAACUGAAUUGAAUUUAGACUAUUUUAAUAUAUAUAUAUAUAUAUAUAUAUAUAUAUAUAUAUAUAUAUAUAUACACAUUAAGAAUUAGGUGUUCGUUCCCAUAGCAAUGUUUUUUUUCUUGUAACAUGAUUUACUAAUUUGUUUUAAUAAUAUAAUGGCCAUGAUUUAGUAGGAGGAAUCAAAUUUACUAUAUCAUGGCCACAAUUUAUAAGUUCACUCCCUUAUUGUAGUAAAUUGUGGCUACUAUUUACUGAAUCAGUCCCUUGUUUUGGUUGAAUUGGUAUGUGGCCAUGACUUGUUAAAUCAGAGGGACAAAUUAGUAAAUUGUGGAAAUGAAUUAACAAGUCAUGGGAAGAAGUUCUUAAAGGGACAGUUCACACAAAAUAAAAAAUGCGGGGUGAACUACCCCUUUAAUUUGUAGCCACAAUAUAUAGUCUUUUCCUUUUUUUCCCCCUUUUGAAUUUUGGAUGAAAUAUGAUCACUCUUGAAUUCUCUGUGAUGAAAUCAGACACUUUAGCUGUUGUGAUAGGCAUGUGGUUGGGUUUCCUUUAGGGUUUUUUCCCCAUCAGAUGUCACGGAUCUCUCUUCCCCUUCUUUUAUCAGUGUCUCCCUGCACUUUUUCUUUCGUGAACCCCGUUUCUAAACCCGCGUGAGUCUCUUGUGACCCGCUCAGGGAUACCGAAAAACAAGCAGCAGUAUAUUCUGAGAUGAUAAGUGUGUGUGUGUGUGUGUGACCAGAUAAGCAGACACGACUCAUCUGACCUGUUGUUUUGAACCUGCUUGUAGUGCACUACCCAGCCACGGUUCAGCCGAACCACUGCUGUAUAGAGGCUCUGAAGAGCUGAUGACAUGUAAAUACAUAGUACCUUUGAGAUGAUACAUGUUUAAGCCUUUAGAUUGUAUUUGUAUUUUUGUAUAGAACUGUGGGUGUGAGAUGAGAUGAGAUGAGAGACGUGACUCUGCACUGCCUUUACUGUCACCUGUGCAUCUCUUAUGCAGUAUGUAGUUCUCCACAGAUCCUUGUGUUUCAGACUCAAGUAGGACAGGUAUCGCCUUACAUCUCAUGAUAGUCAUUUCAUUUCAGCGUGGACUAGACAUGGAGAAUUUGAAUCGGAUAGAUAUUACCGAGCGAGCCUUUUCCGAUCCUGUGCCAAAUGAAACGGUGGACUGACAGUGAUGCUUCAUUGCGCUGGUAGCUCUGUGUACAUCGCUCCUAAAAUCUUAAGCAGUUGCUUUAUUUAUCCACUACAUUUUCUUUUAAAUAUCUAUUAAUGGGACCUGUGCAAACCUAGUACUAGAACAUUAUCAUGCGAUCUGUCUGAACAACAGUUUUUCACUAAUAAAUGCACGCACUUUGGGGUCCAGCCAAUAUAAUGAUCAACCGUACCUUAAUAAUAAUAAUAAUAAUAAUAAUGCACAAUCUUUUCGACCUUAUUGUUCUGUUUGCAUAUUUUGCGUAUGAGUUUGGACAAGUUACUUAACAUGAAAGAUUCAUUUUGACUGAAGGCAGUUAUUAAUCAUCACCUAACUAAAAUAAGUAACUAUGCAAUGUCAGAGCAUAUAGAAAAAACUUCAAAUCACUCCAUCUGUACAUGUUCAUAAGCAAGAUAUCAUGUGUCAGCAUUCAGUGAUCAUUAGUUAUUAUUUAAAGAAAUGGCCGUAUUUCAAGUUUAAAGCCUUUUUUUUUUUUUGAUCACUUAAGUCUCAUUUAUUAAAAUGUUUGUUGUGUACAGUUAUGUUUGGCGUGAUGUAAUCAGUUUUGUUUUGUAUCUGGGCAUUGCAAUGUUAUAUAUGUAUAUUGUUUCCUGUUGAAAAUUAUUGCUGCUUCGAUGUAUUUUAUUUUAUUGACCCGUACCUAACAUGAAAAUCUUGCAUUUGUUUUAAUGUUAGAAAAAUACUGUUGAAGUAACUACUUGCUUGCCUGUCAACCCUUCUGCUUUCAUUCUUGCUCAAGGUUGUUUUUUUCUUCUCCACCUUCAUCCGGUGCCAUCAUCAUCAUGUUUUCAUUCACAUGGGUCUUUUUCAGCCAUUAACUUAUGAUUUAAUACAACAAAUUAGCUUAAUAAACAAUUGCUUUUGGUUCUUCUGGUUCAGGCUGGUGUUGGUCGAGUCUCAGAAGCUUGAGGUAAAGAGGAAACUAAUGCUUCCAUGAGGACUGCUUUUGAUACCCGAAGUGUGAGGAAACUGUAAAGAGCUGUAUUUUUGAAGAAUGUAUAAUGUGAAAUUUUUCUCAUAUGCUUGUUUUGUACAAAGUAUUAUGGCAAAGUAAUAACUUUUUGAAUCAAAAAGCAAUACAAUACCAGUAAAAUCCU